GUCACGUGGUGCGGGGCGCGGGGGGCGGGGCGGGGCGGGAGGGCUAUAUAGCCGGGUCGCGGGUCCGGCUCCUGGAGCGCCGCGCAGGACUCCCGGGACCUUGGCUUCGGCGCCGCGGACGGCAGACCCUCUUUUCUGUUGGAACUUUACCCAUUAUUUCUGAAAGGCCGCCUCAGAACGAGUUUGCCUGAAAACUGAAAAUUCAGCUGAAAAGCUGAGACUGAGAAGAUCUCUUUCUCUUUCUCCAAGAAGAAAAAUGGCAUCUGUUGCAGUUGAUCCACAACCGAGUGUGGUGACUCGGGUUGCCAACCUGCCCUUGGUGAGCUCCACAUACGACCUUGUUUCUGCGGCUUAUAUCAGUACAAAGGAUCAGUAUCCGUACUUGAAGUCUGUGUGCGAGAUGGCAGAGAAGGGUGUGAAGACCCUCACUUCCGUGGCUGUGAUGAGCGCUCUGCCCAUCAUCCAGAAGCUAGAGCCACAAAUUGCGGUUGCCAAUACCUAUGCUUGUAAGGGGCUAGACAGGAUUGAGGAGAAACUGCCUAUUCUGAAUCAGCCAACAAACCAGGUUGUUGCCAAUGCCAGAGGUGCUAUGACUGGGGCAAAAGAUGCUGUGACUACUACUGUGACCGGGGCCAAGGACUCCAUGGCAAGCACUAUCAGUGGGGUGAUGGACAAGACCAAAGGAGCGAUGACUGGCAGCGUGGAGAAGACUAAGUCUGUGGUCAAUGGCAGCAUUAACACAGUCUUGGAAAGUCGGAUGAUGCAGCUGGUGAGCAGCGGAGUAGAAAAUGCACUCACCAAAUCAGAGUUGCUGGUGGACCAGUACCUCCCUCUCACUGAGAAAGAACUAGAAAAAGAAGCAAAAAAAGUUGAAGGGUUUGAUACAGUUCAGAAACCAAGUUAUUACAUUAGACUGGGCUCCCUGUCUACCAAGCUCCGCUCACGUGCCUACCAACAGGCUCUCAGCAGGGUUAAAGAAGCCAAGCAAAAAGGCCAAGAGACCAUUUCUCAGCUCCAUUCCACUGUUAAUCUGAUUGAAUUUGCCAGAAAGAAUGUGCAUAGUGCCAACCAGAAAAUUCAAGGUGCUCAGGAUAAGUUCUACCUCUCCUGGGUGGAGUGGAAAAGAAGCAUUGGCUAUGAUGAUACAGAUGAAUCCCACUGUGCUGAGCUCAUUGAGUCACGUACUCUGGCUAUUGCCGGCAACCUGACUCAGCAGCUCCAGACCACGUGCCACACCCUGCUGUCCAAUAUCCAAGGGUUACCACAGAACAUCCAAGAUCAGGCCAGUCACUUGGGGGUGAUGGCUGGUGACAUGUACUCAGUGUUCCGCAAUGCUGCCUCCUUUAAGGAAGUGUCUGACAGCCUCCUCACUUCCAGCAAGGGGCAGCUGCAGAAAAUGAAGGAGUCUUUAGAUGAUGUGAUGGAUUAUCUUGUUAACAACACACCUCUCAACUGGCUGGUAGGUCCCUUUUAUCCUCAGCUGACCGAGUCUCAGAAUGCUCAAGACCAAGGUGCACAGAAGGACACAACCAGUCAGGAGGUCCAGCAGCCUAAGAACAGAACACAUUAAAGCUGUUCUUGGUGCAGCAGGCCACAUGAUACUUUUGUUAUGUUGAAAUUAACCUGCUAGGCAACUCUGAAUUGGGGAAGCAGCUAAAGAUCCUCAGUUGUAGUCAUUUCUAACUGGAUUAAGAGCUUUACAAUUUUUGGCAUUAGCAGAUGAAUUCUUGUUUACCUGGCUGGUAAGAAAAGAGUGAUAGGUUGGUCAGCCUAGCCAGGACUCCCAGAAAGUUUCAAUGAAUUUAUGGCCUCAUCCUGUUAACAUUGUUGCUGUUUGUUUGUAUUGAAUAAAAACACCCUCAUGUGAGCUGUGGUGUAAACUGGUAUCUGUUCCUGUCUGGUCUGAGCAGGCUUCAUCUCACUGGUUUGUCUCACAAAGCAUGCCUGUAUGACUUUAGGGGUUUUGUUUUGUUUUUUUUUUUUUAUGAAGGAAUGUGCCCUAUGAAUUCAAUAAAAUUCACUGCAGAAUA